AUGGCUGACAACCCUAAUCCGUUCAUCCUGGCCCUGGGCAGCACCAGGAGCCGGACCUUAGCUGAGAUUGAAGCGGCAAACAGGUUGAGGUCGUGUCCGAGCCUGGCUAUCCGACCAUCGGGUAACGAAUCCACCGCCACAGAGCGGCCCUCCCAGCAGCAGCAUGCUGUCGAUUUGAACAAUGGGUUUCCCAUCCCGAUGAACCUUGACCAGCCUAGGACGCCGCGCUCAAACCGUCAUAACCCGAUCGUCAUCAGCGACGAUGAGGACCAGGAAAAUGACGAGAGACCAGUCCGACUACCCAAGACGCAGCGGCCUAUCAAACGGGCACAUAAGGGAAAGAAAAAACGGCACCACACAGCCCCUGACGGCCCUGCGUCACGGACCCGUAACUUGCUACUCGACGACUCCAUUCCCGCACCCAAUUUCCCGUUCGAUUCCAAGGGUGUCAAGCGUAAGGUCUCUAGGGGUGACCCCGACCGAGAUGUCUUUCGUGAUUUCGAGGCGGAGAGUUCCAAGAGCAAGAAGAACCGGGGCUAUGAUCCCGCUCAGAACUCAGGUCAAAACUUGGCCCAGAACCCGACCCACGAUCCGAACCGAGACCAGAGCCGCCAUCAUCGGCGAUCGUUCCGGGGGCCGGUCAUCAUCGACCUAACCAAUGGCGUGCCCGACCACAUCUGGCAAGACUCGGAAGCAGCCGAGCGCCGGCGUCUCCGCCGUAACCGGGACCAAAAUGUCCUCGUUGCCGGGACCCCGGCCCUUGACAUGCGCCGCGAGCUGCGGAAGCUUGCCGCCGGCCUGCCGAGGGAUUCUAACCUGGGUAUUCCUGGUGCUUCUGGCGCUGAUAGUAUCCUUCCUGCCCUCAGACCCGUUGAUAUCGCUGGUACCCCUGAUGAUGUCGGCGCCUCUGAUGAUGCUGGGAGCAAUGACAACAGCGGUAAUAAUUCUCGACCGGGAAAGCGUCCGAAGCGGGGACAUCCUGGCUCAGUGGCUGUUGAGAGUCCGGCUAGACGACAGCAGCAACAGCAGCAAGUCGAGGAGGUGAUUGAGGACGAGAUCGUCGUUGCUGGGUCCGUGGAUGAAACCACCCCCAAGGCCUGCAGGACUCGAACCAAGGCGAACGCCAGGACAAACACCGAGGGUAACAAUACCUUGGUCACCGAUAGCCCGGUGCGCCGCCGCCUCACCUCCACCAUUGACGCCGGCACAGCCGCACUCCUAGAGACCGUCCAACCGGUCUGCCAUUUCUUCAACCUCUCCGUCGAGAUCCGCGACAAAAUCUAUCGCUACCUCCUCAUUUCCGCUACACCAAUCCAAGUCCAGCAUCUCUGGACCCAAGUCGCCCGCCGCGCGGUCGUGCGCCGCACCCGCCGAGGAGGAGGAGGACGCAGCGGCGGAAUCGGCGCUCCCAACGCCGAUGACACCAUUGAUAACCGUGUCAUGUACGCGUGUCGCCAGACCGCCGUAGAGGGCGCCCGCAUCCUCUACUCGGAGAAUACUUUUUUCUAUCUCCUACGCGAUCCGGAGGUGAUCAAGGGGCCGUCAUCGUACUACCUGCCCGACUCAUCCCCCACCAAUGCCGCACGUCGCAGCAGCCGCGGCCGAAUGUAUUACAACAGCAGCCAGCGUUACGGACUGGGGUCGACAUCCACUUCGCCCAGGAAGAACGGCAGUAGCAGCCGUAGACAAAACGACAGCCUUAACAUCAAUCUCGCCCGCUACGGCCCACUCAUCCGGCACAUGGCCAUCGAGCUGGAACCCAACCGCUCAUCAGAAGGCUACGAGAAACUCAUGGCCGCGGCACUCGAAGUUCUCGGCCCUGUCGUCCCCUCAGCUGGAAGCACCACCACCCCUAACCUCCCCCGGCCGGACAACUACCCCCCACAGCCAUUCCACCUCCACCUCCACACCCUCACCAUAACAAUCUCCCCGCGCCCCGAAAACAGGCGCGUCUACCGCGGCCUCCGCACCGAAGACGGUCGCAAAACAAUGGAGACCCAAGUGGUGCUGAAAACAGCAGAUUUUUUCGAGCCCGGCGGACGGGUGUUGACUGCGCUGCAGAGGCUGCAAGUAGGCUUUUUGAGGGUGUGUUUGCAUGUCAAUUCGGAUGUGCGUGAUGGUGCGGGGUUGGGGAGUUUGGAGGGGGAUACGACUGAGGAUGAUAGUGAUGAUGGCUAUUAUGAGGAGGGGGAUGGGGGGUAUGUUGAUGAUGAUGAUGACGAGGGCGAGGGGGAGGAGGAGAGUGAUGAGGACGAGGACGAGGAAGAAGAGAGUGACGAAGACGAUGACGACGACGGGACGAUCCACGUGACAACAUCCAGCACAUCCGGCGCCUUCACCGGGCCGAAAUAUAAGCAUGUCGAAACCACCAUCGACCUACGCCGCGUGCCGGAAAACUCCGUCCUCGCGACCGCGGCCGCACAAGCCGGCCCCACGGCUGAUCUCCUCUCCAACGACAAGCUCAUGAUCGAACAGCGUCAGCGCGCCGGCGCCGAGGCCGCACAUACCCUGGCUACUCUGCGCCAGCACAUCGAGCAGGCGUGCGAUUUCGUUCGUGAGCCGCUGCCUGGCGAGCCCGUUACGGCGGAGCAGCAGAUCCAAGCAGAAGAGAAGGUUGACUCCGACUCCGACUCGUCCGGGAACAACUCCCCGUUCAUGCAGUUGCUGCGACGACUGAAGAAUGCUAAGAAAACGCGCGGGAUCUGGACCGAGCACAGUAUCGCUGAGCGAAAGCGGCGCGAGGCGAAGAGGAGGGAAGAGGCGCGGUUUAAUAGGGAUGCGUAUGAGGAUGAUGAGUAUGAUGGGGGUCUUGACUUUCACGGCCAUCGGGAUAAUGGGGAUGAGAUUGCUGGGGCUGGCUGGGAGUCGCUCAUUCUUUGUAUUGGGCAGGUGGGCGAGGAGGUGAGGGUAUAUCGCGCCUAG